UUUAAAAUGGACGUCUUCGAAGUAUCGCCCAAAACAGCUCUCGUUUCAAGCCUUAUUUUUGGAGGUGUCAUCAGACAUUGGAUGAUAAUAGCUAGAUGAGAAAAAAGUGUCUCUAACUCAAAGAACUGACCCAAAGAUUGUGCUGAUCACACCUAGUUUCCAUGGCAAUAGUCUCCAUCUUGAUGCUCCAAAUAUGGUUACAAUUAAAGUAUCAUUUGAUGAUGUAUCCAAGAACAGUGCCAAGCCUGUAGAAUGCAAAUGUCGUGAGGUUCCUAUGACAGGAGUUGACUGUGGAGAUGAGGUAGCAGAAUGGCUAACCAAAGUAAUAGGGAAGGCUAACCUCAGACUGGUCUACUCUGGCCCAGGCCUGAAGAAACGUGAUGUUCUAGAACGUGCCAAGAAUGUAACACUAGCAAAAUCUGGAAACUUGGUGGCCUACCCUGACUACACACCAUAUCACCUAGCAACAGAUGAUUCUCUAGCAGACCUUAACAACAAAGCUCAGCAUCCUGUUGCUAUGGACAACUUCAGAGCAAACAUCAUUGUUAAAGCGACAGACCCAUUUGAGGAGGAUUAUUGGAGAGAAGUCCGAAUUGGUGAGGCAACAUUCCAAAAUGUGAGGCUGACCACAAGGUGUAAAUUGACCCAGAUUGAUCCAAAGAAUGGAGAACCAGACAAUGUAACUAAGGACCCCAUAAACACACUACGAAAGUACCGACGAUUUAAAAAACUAGGAGAUUCGCCUUGUUUUGGGAUAAAUCUGACAAUCAAUCAAACUGGACCAAUCAAAGUUGGAGAUGAAGUGUUCGCAACGCGUCAUGCAUUACGGGCUUGUUGUGAAUCAUAA